AUGAGAAUCUUCAUGUUCUGCCGGCUACGUCAUGGUUUCCUUUCUAAGAAAAAGCAGGAGUCAAUCCAUUGGGUGAUUUCACUUGUGGUUUUGGCAUUCAUGACCAUCCUCGGGGUCCUGCUGGCUGUUGCUGUGCUGGAAAGACCCCGGGCUUCCCAAAAUGAUCAUCCCUCUAUCGACCAGUGCCGCAUGGCUGUAGUGGAGAGUAUUCCUCAAAAUGUGCAAUACAAAGCCAACGAAACAUUUGGGAUCCCUUUGGAGAAAGCUUGGAAGGAGCUUCUCUCCAUGGCAACGGAAAACCUCGAAGUCGUCUCCUUUUACUGGACACUGACUGGGGAGGACAUCAAUGUCAACUCUUCCUCUGAUAGACCUGGGCGGGAAAUCUUCGAGCAGCUGCAAUCGCUUCCCUCUAGGAACAUCUCAGUGCAAGUGGUGACCAGCCAGCCUUCCCUCAAAACAAAUUCCACUGAUUUAAAAAUCCUCAGACAGAAAGGAAUUCACGUACGAAAGGUGGAUUUUGGACGCCUGACAAAUGGUGUGCUUCACUCCAAGUUUUGGAUAGUGGACAGCCGGCAUGUUUUUAUAGGUAGCGCCAACAUGGACUGGAGGGCUCUGACACAGGUGAAGGAAUUGGGCAUUGUUAUCUACAACUGCUCCAGUCUUGCGACAGACCUUCAUAAGAUCUUCCUGUCUUACUGGGUGAUGGGAGAGUCCAACAGCUCCCUCCCUGAAAAGUGGCCUCCCACCUUUGACACGGCCAUCAAUAAAGCGCAUCCCCUGUUGGUGAAGGAGGAUAACCUAACCAGCAGACUCUACAUUGCUGGCUCUCCACCAUUAUUCUGUCCUGAAUCACGGACUGAGGACUUGGACGCCAUUGUUUCUAUCAUCUCAGAAGCACAACACUUCAUAGACGUAGCUGUCAUGGAUUAUUCCCCCAGUAUACGCUUUCAGCGCCCAAAAAGAUACUGGCCCAUUAUUGAUAAUGCAAUCAGGUCUGCGGCGUACGAUAACAGGGUUGCGAUCCGCAUGCUUGUCAGCUGCUGGAAAAACACCCAUUCAACCAUGCUACCCUUCCUUCAGUCCCUCGCUUCCCUGGACAGCUUUAAGGAUCACAUUAACAUUCAAAUAAAGUUAUACAUUUUACCUGCUGGAAACGAGACAAACGACAUUCCCUUUAGUCGAGUCAACCACAACAAAUACAUGGUUACUGACAAAGUGGCCUACAUCGGCACGUCCAACUGGGACGGGGACUAUUUUCUGAACACAGCUGGAGUAGGUCUAGUGAUUUCCCAGAAUGCGCCUUACCCAAUAUGGAAGAGCAAGGCUGUACAACACCAGCUCCAUGCUGUGUUCAACAGGGACUGGUACUCUGAAUUUGCCGUAAAGCUCUCUGACCUGAGAAACCACCCAGGCUGUGCACUGUCACCGUAA